AUGCCUGAACAAUUUUCACAAGAAACACUUACCGAAAUUUUCAAGUAUCUUAACGAUGACGAACAUGGAUCAGAUGAUUUAUUUAACUGCCUCCUGAUUAAUCGGUAUUGGUGUAAAGCUGCUAUUCCCGUUCUUUGGUCGGCUCCUUUUAAAUACGCAGAUGUGUUACCACUUGACGGAGUUAUUGAUGCCUACGUAGCUUGUCUGACUAAAAAGGAGCACGAGGAAUUGUUAGGAAAAGGGGUUAUCAUCGACCAUCCGAUACCGAAAAAAGUUGCAUUUGAUUACAUUAAUUAUCUUAAGGAUUUUAAUUAUUUUGGUCUUAUGGCAUCAUUAUUUCAUUGGGGCUGCGGCAGCACCGGAACUUAUAAGAUUAACAAUCUGUAUAGUUACAUGUUACCGGCUUUUCUUCGAAUUUUUGCAAGACGCGAGAUUAGAUUAAAAUCUUUAGAGCUCGUGAAUCGUGAUGGACUUGGGGUUUGGGAAAAUGAAUUUAUGCACCUUGUAAAACCAGCAAGUCGUAAAUUAAUCGAACCAGUACAAAAACUUUAUUUGGACAUGGAAAUUGUAGAUGGAAAAUUUUUUACAAGGCUAAGCGAA